AAAAUGUGACACCUCCCCGAAACAACAAGAAAUGAGCUUAGACUAUUGAUUUGCCUAAUACUCGCUCGACACAAGUAUAUUGUAUAUUGAAAAGGUGCCACAAAGUUGAUGUACUAAUCACAUGGUGCCCAAAUUUAAACAGCGUUCUUACUUCGAAAUUAAGGCUCAAUUGGAGGCUUAUCGUCUGGCGAAUCCAGUAACCCCGGAAGUAGAACCUACUGUCGUAAACGUGCUUCAAAAACCUGUCGGCAGUCCUGUGGAAGGGAAACCAUCUACAAUAUUAUCUAGAAUCAUUGCUGUUUGGAAUUUAUGGUACAUACAAUUCAUUAUUACUUUGUGCUUAUGGGUAAUAGCCAUAAAAAUUGAAUUUGGCGCUGUGUUUUUUAUUGUUGGGGCACUAUAUUGGAUGUGGGUGUGGGGAACAAUAAGAAAUCCAAAACGUCGCAUUCCUAAUAAUCCUGAUGAACAAAUUAUAUCAGCUAGUUUCUUUUUCGAUAAUUCACCUGUUCCGUCAAAUGUCAUACCUUGACAAUAGUUGUUACACUUAAAAUUAACGAGUCUUUCCAAAUCACUAUAUCAUUUCUUCUUUUGAUCUGUUAAAUAAUUGUACAAUUCCUGUACUCUGAGUUUAUUCAAGGUAUAUUAUAAGCGGUUGGCUGUUAUUAUUUGGCAUGAAGUUUUUCAAUAGACUGAAGUUACUAAUAUUUAUUUUUAAAUUUGUUUACUCCACUUUUAAUGAAAUAAAUGAGGUAUCUAAUAA